AUGCAGACCGCCGCAGUCAAGCAGCACAUCCUCUCGAACGCGCCACGUUCUUCCCCUCGGGAACACGCGCCUCAGAGCUAUGGCUCUUCCAGUAGUAGCUGGAGCAGUAUCGAUGGUCUCAGCACUGCUCUUGGACCGCCCAAGCCUCCACUUGCAUGGGCGUCGGUGCGGCACCAAGUGAUCAAGUCGACGGUGGAAGAGGACGUCGAAGAUGCGGAGCAGAUCACUACUGGACAGUGUCAGCAUGCGGUGCUCAUGACUUGUCUUCACCUGGCGCACGAGAUAAAUAUGCGGGAAGUGGGGCAGUAUGCGUGGAUCCAGCCGCAGGGGAAAGAUCCGCAGGGAAGCAUGCUCAAGGUCAUGAAGGGUGAGUCGUACACCCUUUUAGGCUACACGAAGCUUGUUCAAGGUAUGGACAAGAAAGGCCAGAUCGCCGUCCGAUCGGCUCCAGACCCGUCCAAGCAGAUCAUUCAGCACCAUCUGCUGCGUUCCCGGCAGCUAGCUGGAUCAGACAGCUACAUCAUGUCUUUCUAUAGCGGGCAUGGUAUCCAGGAGCCACCCACCGAAGCAGGCGAGCUAUGGUGUUACGACAAGUCGUUCGAGGAGUGUGCGCUGGACGGGAGUGGACCUACCGAGUAUAUACCCAUGGUCCUCUUCGAGGUCCUGAGCUGGGCAGGCGCAUCCACAUGCUACGUCUGGGACUGCCAUCAUGCCGGCCGACUCAUCUCAUCCGCUCACCAAGAAGCCGCCGAGAUUGACCGACAGCUCACUGCUGCUGCGCUCCAAAAUCCCGAGAUCGCUUCUGUCCAUCCUCCUGUCUACGCCAAGCGUCAGAUCCACUUUGCCGCCUGCGGCGCCAACGAGCGUAUCCCCAAGAUCGCCGGACUACCUGACGACCUAUUCACCAUCUGCCUGAUAACACCCCUCAAGAUCGCUUUGAUGUAUCACAAUCUCCAAACCUUCCCGCUCAGCUCGAUGGACUCGUCCAAGCAGCGCAGCCGGGCUUACAUGGACGGUCUCUGGGAGAGCAUGUCCCAAGACCUCAAAGGUCGACUAUGGUGCGAGUUGCAGGCUAUCCUGCACACCAUAGCCUGGCAAUCCAUGGAUGGGGCGACGUACCAGCGUGUCUUUGGCCAAUCCGGUCAAUCCAUUUCCCACCUCGCCUCGGGCUUCCUCCUGUCCCAGCGCGUCCUCGGAGCUUACAAUGUCAAGCCCGAGUCGAUCCCCUCUAUCCCCAAUACGACUUCUCACGCUCUCUGGGUGACAUGGGACCUCAUCCUCGAGAACUUUUUCGAACAGCUCCCCGAAUUCUUCGACCAAGAGACUGAUCCUGAAUGGGAGGCGGAUAUCCAGAUGCUUUCGUUUAUGGAAGACCAGCUCAACUCUAUCCUCACCAUCAAUCAAGCGCCUAUAGGGAGCCACCAGGCCGAAGCGAGCAUUGGCCUCGCAGUUGGCAAAUUACCUAUCAUCUGCCAAGCGGCGCUCACGCGCAGUCUUCGCGCUCAGGCAUGUAAUGCGCUCGACUCGUGUCUGGCUAAACUGGGACCCAAGGCGCUGGUCCUUGCGAUUCAAUGCGGGGUGCUCGAGGUCGCGUUGGACCUGCUGGAAAUGGAAGACCCGGUGAUUGCUGAUCAAGUCAUCAGUGUCUGGGCGUCCCUGAUCAAGCAUGACGGGGCGGUCCGACAGCUCGCUGAGCCUGUCGAAAAGGCGACCUGGCUUUCGGACGUCAAGGCGAUCGUGUUCUUCCUACACCACCUCGAGGCGGGACUAGACGAUGGCGAUAACGUCAAGGUGGUAGAGUGCGCCGCGAUCCUCUGUACGAUCAUCAACUACAUCACCAAGCGGCCUGCCCCCAAGUUCCUCCUCCGCUCGCUCAAGCUGGCCAUGCGCAUGCUGGAUCAGCCCGCUUCGCUCAUUCAACAAUGGGGCGCCCUGCUCAGUGCGGAGCUCCUCCACGGGCUCCAGAUCGAUCGGGAGGACGCCAAGGAGACUCUCGAGGCGAUGCAGUCAAAACUGCUCGGUCUGGUCAAGGACAAGACGGUCGAGACUCGCGCAGCGAUGCUCUACGCUUUACGAUGGUGGUUCCGCCUCCGGCCUCAGACAGACCUUCUCGCCUGUAAAGCUCAGAUUUUGCUCAUCGACCUGCUCCUCCCACAAGCAGCGACCGACGCGGCCAUCCAGGUCCGACAGGAGAUGUAUACACUGCUCCAGCACAUCCUCGUCGGAGUGGGCAAGUGGGCGGCGGUCGCUUUGUGGCUGUACCAAGCUCAGCACGCGGCAAUGCAGGUCAAGGAGAAGGGAGAGGCCCUAGUGGAGGUCGUCUACACGCUGAAGGGGGCUAUCAAGCUCACCGGCGGCGAGAAGGUGGACCUCGUGGAGGUGCUGAUGAGGCUGAUCAAGGUCGUCUCGGUCUACAGUCAAGACCCAGAGGCGUCAGUAGCGCGUAUGGCGACGGAGUGCCUGGGGAAGUGUCAGCAGAUGUCGGGCUUUGCGAGGUGCAGCAAGUCGAACACGGCGUUGACGAGGGUAUGGGAUGUGAAGGCGGCAGAGGGACUGAUCGAGGAGGGCAAGUGCCUAGCGAUGGGUUGGGAUUCGGCGAGAGCGGAGGGGAUCGAUAUGGGCGUAAAGGGCGGAAAUCAGGAUCUCUUCAAGAUGAGCAGGCUAUCGUUGAGGGCGUAUCUCGCGUCCACUCAGGCGCCGAGUCAGAUGGAGGCAUUCAACAAGGACAAGGAUAUGACCUGGAUCUUGCGCCAUCGCGUACUGGAAGACUCGCUCGUUUUGUCCGAGCAGCACGCUGGUCUGCCAUGGAAAUUGUCCAUCAAAGACAUCGAGAGCCCGGACCCAUGGUGCACCUUGACCUGCCACAGCUUUAACAGUACCGUUCUGUCCUGUAAUGACUCGCAUGAUCUGCUCUUGUGGGACUGGUUCUCUUCCAAGAAGACCGGGACAAUCCACCUCGACCUCCCUUCUCAUGCGCAUAUCACGUCAGGGCGGUUCGUCAAUGAGCUACACGAGACGAAUGUCGUUCUUGCGGAGAUCAACACCGGCGACAUCCACGUCUUCGCGGGCCCGUCCGAGGAGCCCGGCAAGAUGAAGCCAAUCUCCUCCUUCCUCGCUCUGAAUGUCAAGGAGCACUCGGUAGAUGUGACUCACGAAAGUCACCGAAGGCUGAUCAGUACAUGGUGGCGACAUUCGGGACUGCUAGGUGUGGGCGGGCCGGCGAGUAUCAUCAAUAUCUGGGACUGUCCAGCUGAACAGCGUGUCAGACAACUCUCGACUGGGGAGAACAGCACGUUGCUCACCCUUAUUACGGAGCCCAAGUCGGGUAACCUGUUGGUGGCGGGAUUGGCGAAUGGCAAGGUGAAGCUGUUUGACCUGCGGCAAUCCAAGCAGACGGCGGUGCUUCAAUACCAGGGAGACGCUGGCGAUGGUGCCCAGGCGUCCGGGAUGAGAGGGAUCAAGAAGAUCGGGAUCUUUCUUGGCGAGAGCAGACAUAUCACGUCGGCUUGUACGAACGGCCUCAUCAACAUCCAUGACAUCCGACACGUCUCGCAGCCUGCCUCUACCCGCCUCGUCCAUCCCACUGGUAUCGCCUCCGCCUCAUUCCAGUCCCACUCUGGUCUCAUGUCGACCAUCGGACACAUCAACCCCGCUCAGGACGGCAAGGCAUCCGCAAACUUUGGGCUGUAUCGAUCCACCCUCGACUCGAUAUCGCUCGUCACUGCGGAACCGAUCUCUUUCGACCCGCAGCAAGAGGAUGUGAUCAAGGGAAAGCUGACACCGUAUACCGUCUUCCAUCCCCUUCGGCCAUUCUUAGGCCUGGGGUACGGACGGAGUUGCCAUCUCAGGGGAAGUGGCGUCGGGGAGGGGCCGGAUGAGGAUAGUGGGAGUUAUACGUUCUUACAAUCUCAGGCGAAGUAUAUGAUGUAA